AGCUAGUAUUUUAUCGCCAAAGUAUACACAUAAAAAAUUAAAUUGCAGCACACACAUAUUUCUUAAAAGGUCUGCAAGUGCCGAAAAAUAAAGAGAGGAGUUCGCGAGGAGGAAUAGUUAAGCGUACCACACAGGAAAGAAACAUAGGAGGGGCAGCGAACGGGUAGACGCCCGACAGGAACAACAAAAAACUCUAAUGAACACGCUGAAUACCAGCACGAACGGCGGGGGAGGAGGAGGUAGUGGAGCAGGAGCACCUGGGAGCAGCUUGUCUGCUUCGGGCAACGGAUCCAAUGUGAUAGGUGUUGCAAAUACCAGCAGUGGAGUUGCGGCGGGCGACGAAGCAGGCGGAGAUGCCAGCUCCCGACGACAGGCGACACGCGUCUUCAAGAAGAGCUCGUCCAACGGCAAGAUCACUGUAUAUCUUGGUAAACGAGACUUCGUGGAUCAUGUUACCCAUGUGGAUCCCAUUGAUGGAGUUGUCUUCAUCGAUCCCGAGUACGUCAAGGAUCGCAAGGUGUUUGGCCAAGUUUUGGCAGCAUUUCGAUACGGCCGAGAGGACCUGGACGUCUUGGGAUUGACAUUCCGGAAAGACCUAUAUCUGGCGCAUGAGCAGAUCUACCCGCCCAUGCAGUUGGAGCGUCCGAUGACCCGUCUGCAGGAGCGGCUUAUAAAAAAGCUGGGUCCAAACGCCCAUCCCUUCUACUUCGAGGUACCGCCUUACUGCCCUGCCUCUGUGUCCUUGCAACCGGCACCCGGUGAUGUGGGAAAGUCGUGCGGAGUGGAUUACGAACUAAAGGCUUUCGUGGGCGAACAUGUGGAGGACAAGCCGCACAAGCGCAAUUCUGUGCGACUCACCAUCCGCAAGGUUAUGUACGCCCCCUCUAAGGCUGGCGAGCAACCUUCGAUCGAGGUCAGCAAGGAGUUUAUGAUGAAGCCGAACAAGAUCCAUUUGGAGGCAAGUUUGGAUAAGGAGCUGUACCACCACGGCGAGAAAAUUUCGGUCAACGUUCAUGUGGCCAAUAACUCUAAUCGCACUGUGAAAAAGAUAAAGGUGUGUGUGAGGCAGUUUGCGGAUAUUUGCCUUUUUUCGACGGCUCAGUACAAGUCUGUUGUGGCCGAGAUCGAGUCGGAAGAUGGCUGUCAAGUUGCUCCAGGAUUCACUCUAUCCAAGGUGUUUGAGUUGUGCCCCCUUCUCGCAAAUAAUAAGGACAAGUGGGGCCUAGCUUUGGACGGCCAGCUAAAGCAUGAGGAUACAAACCUGGCUUCCAGCACGCUCAUUACGAACCCUGCCCAACGUGAGAGUCUCGGAAUAAUGGUACACUAUAAGGUUAAGGUGAAGCUACUGAUUAGUUCGCCGCUACUCAAUGGCGACCUCGUGGCUGAGCUGCCUUUUACCCUAAUGCACCCUAAGCCGGAGGAGGACGAUCACCCAUUGCUUGGAGAAAGGUCGCCCCGAGCGAGUCUGGUCGGUGGUCAGCCAUUGGUGAGUUUGGCCGAUGGAAGCGACAAAGGAGGAUCAUCUGGUGGACAGGGGCAAACACAGGAUGUGCCUACUACAACCAAUCUUAUUCAACUUGAUGACGACGAGGCACAGGAUGACGACAUUAUUUUUGAGGACUUUGCGCGUCUGCGUCUAAAAGGCGCCGAAACAGAGGCCUAAAGAUUUUCAAGAUACUGAAAACACUGAAAUACAUUUUCGGGCUAGGUAUCAUACGAAAGAGAUGUCGUAAAUUUGCAGAGCCGCUAAAUGUAAAGUUUUAUACCAAUAGCAAAUAGCCACAGUAAAUAGUUUUAUGUAAGCUAUUUGAUAUAUGUAGGCCAUACGUUCUAGUAUCAAUAGGGUUUAAGCUGAAAGUGUACGAAUUUGAAAAUGUGAAAUUGUUUAACAAAUACACCAAAUCUACACGAAAUGUAAACAUAAGCGAACUUGGCAAGCUUAUCGUCAUGCUUAUUGUCAGGCCUGCAACAGUUAAAACGAUGCACAAAAUUGAAAAUUAUGUAAAAUAAAACUUUAAAUGUAAUCUUUCGGUUUGUGACAGGUUUGAUUCAAAAUCAUAUAUGAUUUGAAUUAAAAAAUCUGUCGAUGAUUUGGUUAGUACUUUUGUUAUUGUGGCAUAAAUGUUGCCAUGCAAAAAAUAAUAAGAGUUAAACCGUUUUUAUUUUUUUUUUAUGCUUCCACGUGGAAGAACAUGUAGGCAAUAUGUAACAACCAAAACAAGUAAAAGUGAUUUUUUAAUUCCAAUUCAAAAUAAUAAUUGUCAAUGAAAUGUCUAACCGAUUAAUAAAAAUAAAUAAUAAUUUUAUUUUAUAGCCUCUUUUUGCUAAAAGUUUUAUGUAUAUUAAAUUGUCUAAGUGAACCUUUGAAACAACAAAUAUUGUUCUGAAAUGUUUCGCAGAUUAAUUAUGACAAGGUCGUAUGAAAAUGUACUAGUAUUGUCCAAAUCGAAAUUCCUCAACGAAAACCAACUCUCAUACGGGAGUGUGUGAAGCUGCUUUAGAGGCACAAAUUCGGAAUUUGAAAACCGAAAACCAAAACUAAGAACAAAUAUUAAACAAAAUUGGUUCCUUUACUGUAUUACUGGCGUCUAAUCAGACAAAGAAUUAGUUGCGACUAUGACAGGAAUAAUUAAAAUGGUAUUUUAAGGAAUUUCGAGAUAUUUAGCUCGAAUUCGUUUUAUGUCCCACCCCGCCACCUAACAUAUGUGUACAUGAAUAGGAAAAAAUUAACAAGAAUCAAAAAAAAAGGAACAUUUUAAUAUGAAUUUUUAUAACAUAGGGAUACGUGUCCUUCUGCACCAAACUUAAAGGUUUGUUGCAAUUUUUUUUACUCAAUUGGAAAAAUAAGGGGUUUGCCAGCGAUCUUGGGUUGGAGUGGGUUGGAGCUUUUCGAAAUGGAUAUGCUAUUAAAUAUAUUAGAGAAAUUGUCCCUAAUGUAUGUAUAUGUAAAUUUGAACUGAAAUAUGCAUUGAAACGUGAAUAUCGUACAUUUAAAUAAAUAUUUACUCUCCAGAUGAGAGAAAAGCAUUUAAGCCGAUCAAAUUAUGAAUGUGAGUAUGUAAAAAUAUGAAUUAAAAAUACCAAGAUAAUUUGUAAAAUAUUUUUAGUGUUUUUAUAAUACCUUUUUAUGAAUAGAGAACGUACAACAUAAUUAUAUAAAAUAUAUGUAACAGAGGCUGGAAAGACAAACAGCAUAACCCAUUUGGUAGCCCGCUUAAAAACUGAAAAUGAAUUUUAUUUUUUUAAAUGUGUAUGUUUUUUAGUACAAAAAGCAUUCAAGUUUAUAAAUGUUCAAUGUAUGCCUAACAAGCUUAUAUCUUUGUCGGACUAGGCUUCAGAAAUAUAAGUUUUUAAAUGUGAAUAUGCAAACCACACACGCACACCCCACACACAAUUAGAUACAUAUGCCGAGUAUGUGCGAGAGCGAAUGUUGAAUGUACCUAUCAUGACACUUAUGUUUGAGCCUCGUUAUAAAAUAGUAAUAUUUAUAGGAAUGUUAUGGAGGCAAAUGCAUUGCUUUGGCUCCAAUUUGUCCAUCAAAUAAUUAAUGUUCUUCAUCCGCAUUGUGAAAUUGUACCAACCAAUAAUGCUUUGAAAAACUCUAUAAAUAAUAAA